AUGGCUCCAAAUGCUACGGAAUGCUACGAGAUAGACAACUCGUUCCAUUACUAUGCUCGUGAAUGCCGCGGCGGCUUUGAUUUUACCCUUCUGUUUGAGCAGACCAUCUUGACUGCUUUGCCUCUGGGGCUUUUCGUCUUAGCUGCUCCGGCUAGAAUAUGGUAUCUUUCCAGAAAAUCCAAAAAGACAACUACAAGCCUCCUACUGCCACUUAAAGUCGCAUCGUAUGCCGGACUAGCAGCUUCACAGCUUGCUGUAUUGACCUUGUGGACCCUGCCAUCUGCCAAAAGAACAGAUGCCUCCAUUCCAGUACAAGCAAUUUCGUUGACUGCAACCGCCCUUUUCUGCCUCCAAUCCUACUUCGAACAUACUCGUACUAUACACCCCUCGUUUCUACUCGAUAUCUUCUUCUUCUUCACGUUGCUGUUUGAUAUUGCGCAAUGUCGAACACUAUGGCUCCGGGGCUCGGAUUUCUAUGGCAACACUCUUGCCAUAUUGUUCAGCGUUUCUGUGGCGAUGAAGACAUUGAUCUUGAUAUUGGAGGCACUGGAGAAACGACGAGUCUUGCGGUCUGAGUACAAAUCUAGCCCACCAGAGGCUACAGCAAGUACUUUCAAUAAGAGUUUCUUUUGGUGGUUGAAUCCAUUGUUCAUCAGGGGAUUCUCGUCAUUGCUUCGGAUGGACGAUUUGUUCGAGGUCGACAAACAGAUGCGCUCGGAGUACAUUCACGAACGUAUGGAGAAGGCUUGGAAGAAAGUCGAGAAAAAGUCACCAAAUACGUUGCUCUGGGUGUCUUUGAAAACCUUGAUAUGGCCAAUCCUGGCCGUCAUCCCACCUCGAGCAUGUCUCGUUGCUCUUAACUUUAGCCAGCCGCUGCUCAUCAACCGCUCGGUGUACCUGUCUGUGGACAGUGUAACGCCGUGGACCACACAUGUUGGCUACGGUCUGAUUGGCGCAUACAUUCUAGUAUACACUGGAUCUGCGAUUGCCAUGGGCCAAUAUCAGCAUCUAGCUUAUCGAUCCAUAACUAUGCUUCGAGGCGGCCUUAUUUCUAUGCUCAGUCGCAAGACCACAGAUCUCAGUGUGCGAGACGUGGAUCCUGCCCUCUCGUUGACACUCAUGAGUGCUGAUGUUGAGCGAAUUGUCCAAGGAUGGCAGACAAUGCAUGAAAUGUGGGCUAACUUGGCUGAGAUUGCUGUUGCCAUUGUUUUGCUAGAGGGACAGCUAGGCAUAUCAUGUCUUGUUCCUGUUGGUGUUUCAAUAUUCUCUCUUGUGGCAUCUAUUGUGGCGUUGAACUUUGUAGUCUCACGUCAGGCGCUCUGGCUUGAAGCUAUUGAAAGACGUAUCUCCGCCACAACCGCAAUGCUGGGUUCUAUGAAAGGUAUCAAGAUGACCGGGCUGAAGAACGUUUUGUUCAAGAGCAUUCAUACAUUGCGUAUUGAUGAGUUGAAUAUUUCGAAGCGCUUCAGACGUCUCUUAAUCUGGAACAUGGGAAUAGCCUACAUUUCCCAGAUCUUUGCCCCAAUUAUCACGUUCGCCGUAUUCGUCACCGUUCAACACAACCGUGGCGACGAUGUUGCACUUGGCACGGCCAGGGUCUACACGGCGUUGUCAAUUUUCGCGUUAAUGACUGACCCAAUCACUACUUUAGUCAUGUCACUGUCUGCGUUCGUUAGCUCAGUCGGCUCCUUCCAACGUAUUCAAGAAUUCCUAGAAAAGGACGCCUUGGUUGACAAACGUCAAACCCCUUCAGGACAAAGCUCGUCAGAUGACCUCAUCAAAGGUCCCAUACCAAACUUCUCUGAAAAGUCCAGUAUAAUGACUAACGAGGUUGACUUGGCAAAAACCAAUGAAACCAAAACCCCUCGAUCACUGACUCCUACCUCAAUGGAUGUAAUUGUUGUUCAAAAUGCUGACUUUGGCUGGGACUUGGAAAAGGAACCACUACUAAAAUCAAUCAUGAUGUCUGUUCCCGAAGGCAAAAUCUCAAUGAUUGUUGGGCCAGUCGGCUGCGGAAAAUCUACUCUUCUGAAAGCCGUUCUCGGUGAAAUUCCGCCUAUGAACGGUUCCGUGUAUAUGGCCACUGAUCAAGUGGCUUAUUGCGACCAGACUGCAUGGCAUGUCAAUGACACGAUCAGGAAUAGUAUCGUUGCAGCAAGCGAGUUCGACGAGCAGUGGUAUAGCACUGUACUUCAGGCUUGCGCAUUGCACGAGGAUUUGAGACAGUUGCCUCAGGGUGAUCAGACCAUGAUCGGUAGUAAGGGGGUUGCUCUUAGUGGAGGUCAGGGUCAACGCAUAGCAUUGGCGAGAGCUGUAUAUGCAAAGAGGAGGCUUGUACUCCUCGACGACCCGAUCAGUGGACUUGAUACAGCCACAGAGAAUCACAUCUGGCAUAGUCUGAUGGGCAAAUCCGGCAUCUGGAGGGAGAUGCAAGUAACAGUAUUGAUGACAUCUUCAUCCGUCAAACGCCUUCCAUAUUCGGAUCAGAUCUUUGUGAUCGAUGAGAAAGGCACCAUUUCAGAACAAGGCCAUUUUGAAACCCUCGCUGCAAGUGGUGGCUAUGUUUCAAGCUUCCAUCUCGGUCAACCAGAUUGGAACUUUACCCCUGACGAGCGCAGCUAUCACGUGCCGAAUAUUGAUGAACAGGAGAAAGUUAUCCAAACAGAUGACGAUCUAGAAGCAGAAGCCAAUCGAGCAACAGGUGAUUUCGCAAUCUAUAGGUACUAUUUCUCCUCGGUUGGCUGGGUUGGAAUAGUUAUCUUCCUUGUGUGUAUAUCCGGGUUUGUGUUUUGUAUCUCUUUUCCGAGUAUCUGGGUGAAAUGGUGGGCCGCCUCCAACGUGCAAUACCCAUACGAAAAAUCCAAUUACUACAUGGGUAUCUAUGCAAUGCUAGGAGUACUUGCUUUGAUCACGCUGUGCAUCAGCUGCUGGCAACUUAUCAUUACUAUGGUACCUAAAUCCGGAGAAAGAUUUCAUUCGACUUUGCUUAGUACUGUUCUCAAUGCUAAAACGUCUUUCUUCGCUUCGACGGAUACCGGUGUCACCUUGAACAGAUUCAGCCAGGAUUUACAGUUAAUUGACAUGGAACUGCCAGUUGCUGCAUUGAACACUUUUGCCACGCUCGUUUUGUGCGUUGCGCAGACCACCUUGAUCGGUGUGGCUUCUCCAUAUACAGCCAUUUCAUUUCCAAUUGUCCUGAUUGCCCUUUACUUUAUCCAAAAGUACUAUCUUCGAACUUCGCGUCAACUACGAUUCAUGGAUCUCGAGGCCAAAGCUCCUCUAUACUCUCAAUUUACCGAAUGCCUCAGCGGUCUUGUCACCAUUCGAGCAUUCGGCUGGCAAAAAGCAAUGGAAAAUAAAAGUAGAGAGCUGCUUGAGCGCUCUCAACGACCAUUCUAUCUGCUAUUUGCCGUGCAACGAUGGCUCACACUGGUCUUGGACCUUGUCGUCGCUGGUAUCGCCACAGUACUGAUUAUCCUCGUUGUCGAGAUGCGUGGAUCUAUUAGCGCGGGAUAUGUCGGUGUCGCAUUGUUCAAUAUCAUCCAGUUCAGUCAAAGCAUCAAGCUGCUCAUUACCUUCUGGACGAAUCUGGAAACUCAUAUUGGCUCCAUUGCGCGUGUCAAGAUCUUCAAUGAGACUGUCAAGUCCGAGGAUUUGGAGACGGAGAAUCGUCCUGUGCCAGCUGCCUGGCCUUCUCAAGGGGCGAUUGAAUUCAAAGGGGUGUCUGCAUGUUAUAGACCCGAAGAGCCUAUUCUUAAGAACGUAGAUUUGUCAAUUCGCAGCGGCGAGAAGAUUGGCAUCUGCGGCCGAACUGGAAGUGGCAAGAGUUCUUUGGUAUUGGCAAUCUUCCGCAUGGUCGAACUGUCCGGAGGCAGCAUCACCAUCGACGGUAUCGACCUCUCCACCAUCCCUCGUCAGGAGAUCAGAGCCAGAAUCACUGGAGUCGCCCAAGAUCCGUUCUUGAUCAAGGGCACUGUCCGACUAAACGCCGAUCCAAACAGCACUGCAACAGAUGAUCAAAUUUUAGAUGCACUUCGAAGCGUGCACUUACUUUCCGUAGUCCAAGAAAAAGGGGGUUUAGACAUUGAUGUCGAAGAACUCCACCUAUCACAGGGACAAAAGCAGCUAUUUUGUCUAGCACGAGCCAUGCUCCGUCAUAGCAGUAUCCUGAUCCUCGACGAGGCUACAAGCAACGUUGACUCCAAAACCGACGAAAUCAUGCAACGCGUCAUCCGUGAAAAAUUCAGCAAUCAUACCAUCAUCGCUGUAGCGCACAAACUCGACACAAUCCUCGACUUUGAUAAAGUCGCCAUGCUCGAAGCCGGUGAACUCAUCGAAUUCGAUGAUCCGUAUACCUUACUCUCUACAGACUCGGCAUUUAAUAGAUUGUAUACGUAUAGUAUGGCAGAUGAAGAUGAGAAGGAGGGAGGGAUGGAUGAUAUUGAGGUUAUUGUGAGGGACGUUUCGUCUAGGAUGACGGGGACGUCUACGACGGCAACGCAGUCGAAUCGAGCUUCGAGUGAGAAUGGGCGUAGUUCGUCUGGGGUGGUUUAUACAUAUCCUUAAUGUUGGUAAUUUCUUUAAUAUUUUGUUUUAUUGCAAGGGUGAAAAGUCUUUUAUUAUCUUUUGUUUGUACUCUUAUUUACAUCCCAGUUAGCACAUAUCUACCUAUGACAUGAUCGAACUGUCAAAGUUAUAAUCUUUCUUUCUUUCCAUGAUUUUGUUUCCCAUUCUCAUUUAAGUUUG